AUGUUACUGCUUAAUAAAUCAAUACUACAAAAAUGUACUAAAGUCAAACUACAAUUAAGAAUUAGAAGUUCCAUCAGAGAACAUACAUCAGUGGCAACCACAGGGACAACUCCGAUACCGUCAUCACCAUUCAUGAAUCGGUUUCUUGAACCUUUGAAGGAAAUAAACUAUGUGAAAGGCAACCACAAGAGUGUAGCCAAUAAGAUUACAAACUCAUCCUAUUUGGACCUAAUACCAGAAAAGUAUGAAAUAGAAGAAUCAGAAAGAGAUAGUAAACAUUAUACGUCUAAAAAUGAUGAUGUCACGAGAAAACCAUACGAAAAGGAAAUCAACUAUUUAAGAAACAUGCUAGAGUCGUUUUCAGCAGAAAGUUACUUUGAACGUACUUUUCAGAUCCUAAAAUCUUUAUCUAAACUAGUCAACCAAGAGGAACUUACACAGUUUGGUAACCGGUCGCUAGAAGCAAUAACGCGAGAUCCUAAAAUGAAACCAGAAGCUGUAAAUAAAGUUAUAGCACAAAUGGAGGAAUUUUGCAACUUCAAACCGGAUGUACGAACUGAGGCCAUUGUUUUGAAAAGUCUUUUACAAAAUGAAGGUAAUAUAGACGAUUAUUUUGCUCAUUUAGAGGAUAGGCGGAUGAUUAAGAAAAUUCUUCGAAAUACUGAUGUGAUUGGAGCAGACAACAUGUUCAAGAUUUUUGACUCUAAUAAAAUCGAUAUAUCUUGUAUUCCAGUGGAGUUGAUGGAGGUGUACAAGAAUUACAAAUUGAACCAACAAAAUGGGGAAGUUGUUGAAGAUACAAUAAAACUACUGAAAAACAUCGAGAUCAACGCAUUGGAUAAGGAAAACUUGGAUGAGUUGUUACCAGUCGACUCAUUUGGGUUGAAAGUAGUGAGACAUUCUUUACUAGGUCUUAAGCCUAAUCCAGAAUUAGCUCUCCACUUUGCUAAUGAGAUUGAAGAGAUUGUAGCUGACUUAGAUGAAGUAACAAAACAAGAAGUUAGAGACGGAAAAUUAAAUUAUCAUGACAUUUACAAACGAUUACAAACUGAUGAACAAAGGGAGAAAUAUAAUGAGGCACUCGAGACAUUUAAUUUAGAUAGACAAAGAGAAAUUGAGAUUCGAGGAAUAGAAGGUGCAAAGGAAAAAUGGAAACAUGAUUUUGAAGAAGCACAAAAGAGGGGAGACUUCAAUUUAAACAAGAGCAUGAAUGCUCAGUGCUACGACUGGUACCAAAAACUCAUACCCUUGAUUGAAAAGGAACAUAAAAUGUGCAAGGCUUUGUUGCGAGAUGACGAACCAGUAGCGCAAGAUGAUACUACAACUACAAAAGAUAGAGCUUUUUAUGCUCCAUUUUUAACCAAAGUUGGGGCUGAAAAAGCUGCGGUUAUCACAAUUUUAGAACUUUUGAAAUUGAAUGCAAGUGGCAGCAACAAUGGCGGAAUGAGAGCCGUUAAGGCUAUAACUUCAGUUGGCAGGGCCAUUGAAAUGGAAUAUAGAACGAGCAAUUUGGCAGAUCAAGAAUAUAAAAUGUCAGUUAGUCGAAAAGUAGCUGGAUCUUCACAAAUGAAGAAAAUUGUUCGAAACUCAAUUGAUUCACAAGAAGAGGCGGAUCCAGAAUGGGAUCAUGCAACGCGUUCUAGAGUGGGUGGGGUUCUUGUCUCGUUUUUGAUGGCUAUAGCAAAAGUUAAAGUCAGGAGACAAACUCCAAAGGGAACAAUAGAAGAUUAUCAUCCGGCUUUUUUCCACAGUAUGCAAUUUGUUGGUGGUCAACGUUUUGGUGUUAUCAAGAUCCACAAUGAAAUUUCAAAGAAUCUAUCAGGAACUUCAUUCAUGGAAACGAUUCAACCACAAUCAUUGCCAAUGUUGGUUAAACCAAAGCCAUGGGAUUCAUUCUAUGGAGGAAUUGGAUUAUACUCUAAAAAUGCAUUAGUUCGGAUGAAGGAUGCACCAGAGACUGAAGCAUACGUCAAGGCAGCUGCCAAGAGGGGAAACUUGCAAGAAGUAUUUGAUGGGUUAAAUGUAUUGGGAACCACAGCAUGGACUAUCAACAAAAAAGUGUUUGAUGUGAUAUCUCAUUACUGGAAUAAAGGAGACGAAUUUCUCACGAUACCACCGGUUUUAGAGUCAGCUCAAUUUCCACCAAAAUUGAGCCCUGAUGCCGAUCCUUCAGAAAGAUAUGACCAUACAAAAGCCACCAUCAAAGCAGUGCGUGAGUUUUCUUCCCUGAGAUCUCAAAGGUGUGAUUACAACUAUAAGCUUGAAAUUGCUCGUGGAUUCAUUGGUGAAAAAUUGUAUUUUCCCCAUAAUCUUGAUUUUAGAGGUAGAGCUUACCCUAUAUCGCCUCAUUUGAAUCAUUUAGGGGGUGAUUUAACCAGAUCAUUAUUUUUAUUCUGGGAAGGUAAAGAGUUGGGUGAACGAGGAUUAGAAUGGUUAAAAGUGCAAUUGGCCAAUGUUUAUGGUGUUGAUAAAGCUCCGAUACUGGAAAGGAUACAAUUUGCCACUGAUCAUAUUGAAGAAGCUAUCAAAUCAGCCGAAGAUCCAUUGGAGUAUAAGUGGUGGACUAAAGCAGAGAAACCAUGGCAAGCAUUGAGUGUUUGUUUUGAAUUAGCUGAAGCUUAUAAAUUACCCGAUCCAACCAAAUUUGUAUCUUAUUUACCCGUACAUCAAGACGGUACAUGUAAUGGUCUUCAACAUUAUGCUGCAUUAGGUGGUGAUAUUGAAGGUGCAAACCAAGUCAAUUUGAAUCCUUCUGAUAGGCCUCAAGAUGUUUACACUUUCGUUUCGAAAUUGGUUCAAAAUAGAGUCAAUGCCGAUGCUGAAAAGGGUCAUGAUAUUGCUAUUUUUUUCAAGGAUAAAAUAAAGAGAAAAGUUGUCAAGCAAACUGUGAUGACAAAUGUUUAUGGUGUUACUUUUGUUGGUGCAUUGGCACAAAUUAAAAAACAAGUCGCUCAACAUUUUGGUGAAGACCAAGAUGCUCAUAUUUACACCAAGUAUUUAACCAAGCAAGUAUUUGCAUCAAUUAGAGAAUUAUUCGAAAAUGCUCAUUUAAUUCAAGAUUGGCUUGGUGAAGCAGCUAAAAGAAUUAGCAAGUCUGUGUCGGUCGAUUAUGGCGAUGUUUCAAAUAGUGAAUCUGAAUUACAUUCAUCAGCCGUGAUAUGGACAACCCCCUUGGGAUUACCUUGUGUUCAACCAUAUCGAGUCAACAAGCAUCAUUCAGUUAAAACUUCAGUUCAAGAUGUUCUUAUCUCAAAUCCAUCAGGAACAUCGACUAUCGAUUCAAGAAAACAACAAGCUGGAUUCCCACCCAAUUUCAUUCACUCUUUGGAUGCAACUCAUAUGUUGAUGACUGCUACGAGUUGUGGUGAAUCAGAUUUACAAUUUGCAUCAGUUCAUGAUUCAUUUUGGACUCAUGCGGCAAAUGUCGACACUAUGAACUCAAUAUUACGUGAACAAUUUGUUCGAUUACAUACGCAAAAUUUAGUACAGAUCCUACGUGAUGAAUUUAUUGAACGAUAUAAAGGAUCUUAUCAAAUUUUGCACAUUCCAUUGAAUCAUGAAUUAACGGGCAAGAUUAAGGCAAUCAAGAAGCAAUGGGCAAGUUCCAUUAAACGCGCAGUUACAAUAACCGAUGAAUUGUAUAUGGAAAGAAAAAGACUUGAAAUGUUACAAUCAAAUAAUCCCGAAGAAGUUGAAGCUGCUAAAAAAAUGGAAACUACAAUUAGUGUAGUUGAAGGUUAUAAUCCUUAUGAAUUUUGCCAACAAAUUAAACUUAAAGCUUUUGAUAUUUUGGUUCCAAUUCAAUUUCCCGAAGUUCCACCAAAAGGUGAAUUUGAUGUGCGGAAAGUGAAGGAUUCACAUUAUUUCUUUUCAUAA